AAACAUUUAGUUAUUAAAUCCGAUUUGUAAGUACAAUCCGAAAAAUAAAAACUAUUUUCUGCUGUCUAAAAACUUGAAAGAUGGCGGGGAUCGAAGACGGUGGCUUUCGGUGGUUAAACGAAUAUGAAAAGACUUGGGAAGCUAUUCAAGAAGAUGAUGAGGGAUCUUUACAAGCUUCCAUUGAUGAUAUCAUACAUACGGCUAAACGAAAGAGGCUGCUUGUGCGCAAAGGAAAUGUACGUCUUGGGAUGAUGCGGCACUUGUAUGUUGUAGUUGAUAUGUCAAAGUCGAUGAAAGAAAGUGAUCUGUUGCGGCCUUCAAAAAUUGCAUGUGUCACUAAGCUUCUUGAACUGUUCAUUGUUGAAUACUUCGACCAAAACCCUAUAUCUCAGCUUGGCAUUAUCAUUACCAAGAAUAAAAGAUGUGAAAAGUUAACAGAUUUAAGUGGAAAUCCUAGAAUUCAUAUUUCUGCAUUGCAGGAGGCUGCAGGAAAAAAGGUUGAAGGUGAAGCUUCUCUCCAGAAUUGUUUAGAAAUGGCAUUAAAGCUUUUAAAGAACUUACCAAGUCAUGCAAGUCGUGAAAUAUUAGUUGUUUAUGGCAGUUUGACAUCCUGUGAUCCUAGUGAUAUAUUUGAGACUGUGUCUCAUUUGAAAGAACAAAACAUCAGAUGUUCAGUUGUUGGAUUAUCUGCUGAAAUAAAAGUUUGUAAAACCAUAACAUCUGAAACAAAAGGUGUUUAUAGUGUUAUACUUGAUGAAAACCAUUGUAAAGACUUAAUAUUUGAACAUGUACGUCCACCAGAAACAAAGGUUAACAUUGACGCAUCUUUGAUUAGAAUGGGAUUUCCAAAGCAUCUGACUAAUGAUUAUCCAUCUUUGUGUAUGUGUCAUAUCGAAACUAACAAAAUUCAAGGCCUUGAUUGUACUGGUUACUUUUGUCCGCAGUGCAAAAGUAAAUAUUGUGAGUUGCCUGUUGAGUGCAAAAUAUGCAAUCUGACAUUGGUGUCUGCACCUCAUCUAGCCAGAUCUUAUCAACAUUUAUUUCCUCUACCUGCUUUUGAAGAACUACAACGAGAUGAAACUGAGACUUGUGAAGGCUGUCUGAAUAUAUGUAAAGAUGUUAAAGUGUACAUGUGCAAGAAGUGCAAUCAAAUCUUUUGUAACGAUUGUGAUUUAUUUAUUCACGAGACAUUACACACAUGUCCAGGUUGUAGCAGUCAUUAUCAAUUUCAAGAGAAUACAUGAAUAUUGAAUUUAAACAAUACAAUUGAACAAGACAAUUUACUUGAGUCCAUUUAACUGGAUGUCAUGACCAUAUGCCAACUUUUUUAAAGUACUUCGAAACUGGCUGAAGUAUCCUAUACAUGUGUUACAAUUUGCAUCAAUUAUAGUUGUACAGAAAGAUACAUGUACAUUAAACUUAUAUAGUUUUUAUACAAGAGUUAAAGAAAUUAGGAAAGCAUAUGGAUACUUUACUGUAUAACACAUUCUAUGUAACCAUAACCAACAAACGUUCAGCAAUUUUAUAACAUUUUUAUUUUCUGUCAUUUUUGUUAAAUUUUCUGUUUACUUUAAUUUCUAUUUACGUCUUCUAAUGUUUA